CCGCGGCUUCAGCGCACAGGCUCAGACUCCUCAUCCCGAGCGCUGGUCAUGUGACUCUUCCCAUCGGCUGGGAUUUCUCUCUCGGCAUGGCGGAGAUGAUGGAGCUCGGUCUGCCGUCUGAUACCAUUUGUUUUUCACUGUGAGGAGGACACGGGCGUGUUCGUUGUCGGUAAACCGUUCUGCGCCGUUCUUCCCCCCCGGUUUCGGGCCGUAAUGGCGGAGCGCGGUGUGGAUGUGUCCGCUCUCCCUCAAGAGGUCCGGGAGCAGCUCGCUGAGCUGGACCUGGAGCUGUCGGAGGGUGACAUCACACAAAAAGGAUACGAGAAGAAGAGGGCCAAGGUUUUAGCACCCUAUUUGACACAAACACAAAAUUUAGCUCCGCCUCCGGCCUAUGAUGCACAGUCUCCUGGUCCAAGCUCCGCCUCUGCACCUGAACCUGGCCCUUCAAACUCGUCCUCCUCCUCUUCUCGCCACCGGCGCACACGGCGUCCACACCGGAGCGGCGGGACGAGAGAUGAACGCUACAGAUCAGAUAUCCAUACUGAGGCUGUUCAAGCAGCAUUGGCCAAACAUAAAGAGGAAAAGAUGGCGCUGCCCAUGCCAACCAAACGUCGGUCCGCAUAUGUACAGUCACCAAUUGACAACUGCACCCCUCCAGACUCCUCCUCUUCCUCUGAUGAUGAGGCGGUGUCGAGUGAAAGUGCAGGGCCUCAGCAGUCUCCAGACACCUGGAUUAAUAGCUCCCUGCACGGCUCCUCCACCUCCUCCUCUGCCUCCUCCACUCUCUCCCAUGGGGAGUCUCGGCCCACCCAGGCCCCUCAGCCUCAGUCUCAGCAGGUCCCACCUCCACCUGCACCUGCCCACCCGCCCCACUCCCACUCCCAGCCCUCCGCCCUGGCAGAGGCCUUCGCUCAGGCACGCAUCGAUCCGGUAGGAGGAGUCGGGCCCCCUGAUGUGCCAUCCCAAGCUCAGGCCAGAGGCUCUCGUGUGGAUCUGCCUGCCAACGCCGUGGUGCGAGGCAUGAGUCGAGGCCAGAGCCGGUCCAGCAUGAUGGAGACAGCAGACGUGAGAAGAGUAGGCAGAGGUGUUCCAGUGUCCAGUCGUGUAUCCACAAAGAUUCAGCAGUUGCUAAACACGCUAAAACGACCCAAACGCCCGCCACUCAGUGAGUUCUUCAUGGAUGACCAAGAGGAGAUUGUAGAAGUUCCUCAGGCAGAUCCUAACACCCCAAAGCCAGAAGGCCGGCAGAUAAUCCCAGUGAAGGGGGAGCCGUUGGGUGUGGUCAGUAACUGGCCUCCUGCUCUUCAGGCAGCAUUAGCUCGAUGGGGUGCUACACAAGGCAAGAGCCCUGCCCUCACAGCUCUGGAUAUCACUGGAAAACCACUUUAUACUCUUACGUAUGGGAAACUGUGGAGUCGCAGCGUUAAGCUGGCCUACACUCUUCUCAACAAGCUGGGAACCAAAAACGAACAGAUCCUCAAACCAGGAGACAGGGUGGCGUUGGUGUAUCCUAACAGUGACCCUGGUAUGUUCUGGGUUGCGUUUUACGGCUGUUUGUUGGCUGAAGUCAUUCCUGUGCCCAUAGAGGUUCCAUUAUCCCGAAAGGAUGCUGGAAGCAGCCAGGUUGGUUUUUUGUUAGGUAGCUGUGGGGUGGGUCUGGCUUUGACCAGUGAGAUCUGUUUGAAGGGUUUACCCAAGACCCCCACUGGAGAAAUAUUGCAGUUUAAAGGCUGGCCCAGAUUAAAGUGGGGAGUGACGGACUCCAAAUACCUCACGAAGCCUUCGAAAGACUGGCAGCCUCACAUACCAACAGCCAACACAGACACGGCAUACAUUGAGUAUAAGGCCAGUAAGGAGGGCACAGUGAUGGGUGUUGCGGUUUCAAAAGUUGCCAUGUUAACACAUUGCCAGGCUCUCAGUCAGGCCUGUAACUACUGUGAGGGUGAAACUCUGGUGAAUGUUUUGGACUUUAAGAAGGACAUGGGCUUGUGGCAUGGAGUUCUCACAAGUGUGAUGAACCGAAUCCACACCAUCAGUGUUCCAUAUGCAGUAAUGAAAGCUUGUCCACUUUCCUGGGUUCAGCGAGUUCACAUACACAAAGCACGGGUUGCCCUGGUGAAGUGUCGGGACUUGCAUUGGGCGAUGAUGGCUCACAGAGAUCAGAGAGACACCAGUCUGGCCUCAUUGCGCAUGCUAAUUGUUGCAGACGGAGCCAAUCCAUGGUCGGUUUCAUCAUGUGAUGCCUUUUUAAACGUAUUCCAGGCUCAUGGUUUGAAGCCAGAGGUCAUUUGUCCUUGUGCUACGUCACCUGAGGCCAUGACGGUUGCCAUACGGAGGCCUGGGGUCUCUGGUGCUCCUCUUCCAGCGAGAGCCAUCCUGUCCAUGACUGGCCUGAGCCAUGGCGUCAUCAGGGUCAACACUGAAGACAAAAACUCUGCUCUCACCGUCCAGGAUGUGGGACACGUCAUGCCUGGAGCAUUGAUGUGCAUUGUGAAACCGGAUGGGCCGCCCAUGCUGUGUAAAACGGAUGAGAUUGGAGAGAUUGUCGUGAACUCUCGUGCUGGUGGGAACAUGUACUACGGCCUGCACGGAGUCACCAAAAACACCUUUGAAGUGAUCCCAGUCAAUGCUAGCGGCACUCCUAUUGGUGAAAUCCCAUUUGUGCGGUCAGGAUUACUGGGGUUUGUUGGACCGGGUAGUUUGAUAUUUGUGGUGGGUAAGAAUGAAGGCUUGCUGAUGGUUAGUGGUCGGCGUCACAAUGCUGAUGAUCUGGUAGCGACUGCACUAGCGGUGGAGCCAGUCAAAACAGUGUACAGAGGAAGGAUUGCAGUCUUCUCAGUGACGGUGUUCUAUGAUGAGAGGAUAGUGAUUGUAGCAGAGCAGAGGCCUGAUGCCAGUGAAGAAGACAGCUUCCAGUGGAUGAGUCGGGUUCUACAGGCAAUUGACAGUAUUCAUCAGGUGGGAUUGUAUUGUCUUGCACUGGUUCCUGCCAACACCCUGCCCAAAACUCCCCUAGGGGGCAUUCACAUCUCAGACACCAAGCAGCUCUUCCUGGAGGGAGCUCUGCACCCCUGCAACAUCCUCAUGUGCCCCCACACCUGUGUCACCAACAUGCCCAAACCCCGUCAGAAACAACCAGUCGGCGUUGGCCCUGCCUCCAUCAUGGUGGGUAAUUUAGUUGCUGGGAAAAGAAUUGCACAGGCUGCAGGCAGAGACCUGGGACUCAUAGAGGACCAAGACCUGGUCAGGAAGCUGUGCAUGUGGCCUACAAUGAUGCACCAGUUCCUUACAGAGGCUUUACAGUGGAGAGCUCAAACUGAUCCUGACCACACGCUUUAUGUACUUUUGAAUGCAAAGGGAGUGGCAGUAUGUACAGCUACAUGUGUUCAGCUUCAUAAAAGAGCAGAGAAGAUUGCAGCCGCUCUCAUGGAGAGAAGUGGUAUUAACAUCGGUGAAAAUGUGGUGCUUUUGUAUCCACCAGGUAUAGAUCUGAUCGCAGCAUUUUAUGGCUGUUUGUAUGCUGGUUGUAUUCCUGUCACCGUGAGGCCUCCACACCCACAGAACCUCUCUGCCACUCUGCCCACUGUCCGCAUGAUCAUUGAUGUCAGCAAGGCUGCUUGCAUUCUCACUACUCAGGUUUUAACGAAGAUUCUCAGAUCAAAAGAAGCAGCAGCUACAGUCAACAUAAAAACAUGGCCCAUCAUAAUAGACACAGAUGACUUGCCUCGCAAACGACCUCCCACAAUCUACAAACCGCCCAAUGCUGAGAUGAUAGCCUAUCUGGAUUUCAGUGUCUCAACCACAGGCAUGCUGACAGGAGUGAAGAUCUCUCAUGCGGCGGUGAGCGCUCUCUGUCGCUCUAUAAAGCUGCAGUGUGAGCUGUAUUCCUCUCGGCAGAUCACCAUCUGCCUCGACCCCUACUGUGGACUUGGUUUUGUGCUCUGGUGCCUUGCGAGUGUAUAUUCAGGUCAUCAGUCCAUCUUGAUCCCUCCUAUGGAGCUGGAGAGCUCUCUGACCCUGUGGCUGGGUACACUCAGUCAGUACCGCAUCAGAGACACCUUCUGCUCCUAUUCGGUCAUGGAGCUCUGCACCAAAGGCCUUGGUGGACAGACAGACAUGCUGAAGGCACGUGGUGUGAACCUGUCAUGUGUGAGGAGCUGUGUGGUGGUUGCUGAGGAGCGUCCACGCUUGGCUCUCACACAUUCCUUCUCCAAGCUGUUCAAAGAUCUUGGACUCUCCAUGCGGGCUGUCAGCACUGCUUUUGGCUCGAGAGUUAACCUGGCCAUCUGCCUACAGGGUACCACGGGACCAGACCCCUCAACUGUUUAUGUGGACAUGAAGUCCCUCCGGCAUGACCGGGUGAGGUUAGUAGAGCGAGGAGCUCCGCAGUCGCUUCCUCUUGUGGAGUCUGGAACAAUUCUUCCUGGUGUGAGGGUGAUCAUAGUUAAUCCAGAAACUAGAGGACCACUAGGGGACUCUCACCUGGGAGAGAUUUGGGUAAACAGUCCCCACAAUGCAACAGGAUACUACACUAUAUAUGGAGAAGAAAAUCUGCAAGCUGACCACUUCAACACUAAGCUGAGUUUUGGAGAUCCUCAAACGCUCUGGGCUAGAACUGGAUACCUGGGCUUUGUCAAGAGAACUGAACUGACAGACUCCAGUGGAGAUCGUCAUGACGCCCUGUUUGUGGUGGGCUCCCUGGAUGAGACAUUAGAAUUGAGAGGUUUGCGAUAUCAUCCAAUUGACAUCGAAACCAGCGUAUCACGUGCCCAUCGCAGCAUUGGUGAAAGUGCCGUAUUCACCUGGACAAAUCUGCUGGUGGUGGUGGCUGAACUCUGCGGAUCAGAGCAAGACGCUUUAGACCUGGUUCCUCUGGUAACCAAUGUCGUAUUAGAAGAGCACCAUCUGAUUGUGGGUGUAGUGGUUAUCGUUGACCCAGGUGUCAUUCCAAUAAACUCCAGAGGAGAAAAGCAGCGAAUGCACUUGAGAGACUCCUUCCUGGCAGAUCAGCUGGACCCCAUAUACGUAGCGUACAAUAUGUGAGUUAAGUCAUGGGCGAUACAAAGGCUUACCAGAAAGGUGCUAUGGAGCCUGGCCUUGCAACUGGGAUUGGGUUCUUAUAGAGACAGACUUGGCCCUGUUUUUCAGGGAUAAGGUGUUACUGAACAAAAAUUACAAAUGAGUGAGAUGACUGUUUUGGAGAAGGGAUAUUGUAAUAGAAAUUCCCUUUUUGCUCACUUCUUUUUUCCCUAGAACCCUCACCCCCCACCCCUUUUCAGUGAAACUCCACUUGCUGUCUGUCCAGCUCCUGGUCAUGAUUUCAAUUUACUUGAAUUACAUAGAUUUUUUUUUUCUACUCAAAUGCAUUCCUAAUCUAGCAUUGACUAGCUAGUAAUUUUCUUUUAAAUAAAAUGAGCUUAAAGCCUCAGUUUGUAAGUUUUCACCUGGGUUGUUCGAUUCUGGAAUUGUUGGUUCUGAUUCCAAGUUUUUGGAAUCAAUGGAAUUGAUUCCAGGAGUCAGUUCUCAGAAUAAGUAUAAAAGGGAGACAACGUGAAUUCCUAAAAAGUGCAAUAUAAACUGUAACUUAUAAGAUUAUGAUUACUAGAAUGAAUGGUAAGAGGUCUUGAUGGAUGGAUGAACUACAAAAGAGUUGAGUAAUUAUGUAGAUUUAGCAAUAUCAGUUCUAUAUCUUAAAUUAGUGUUGUUACAACUCUUUUGGAAUGUGUGUUAAUCAAGGUAAUGAACAGACUCCCAAAAGCAAAGGAAGGAAGAUUAUCUUAUUUUAGGAUCUAGCAUUAAAUGAUUCUGAAUUCAUUACACGUAAUUGAUCUGCAACCCAGCUUAUUAAUGGUGCUGUGUGUUACAGGGCUUUAAAAAUAUUUUAGGACAGCAUUUGGGUAAUAGGGGUACUGAUAUUCCCCUGGUCAUUUGUCAUUCAUCAGAUGCUUUUGUCCAAAGCAGCUUAUAGUACACAGGGACAGUCCCUCCAGAGAAACCUGGGCUUAAGUGCCUUUCUCAAGGGCAGUAUUGAUUAUAGGACAUUUCUGUAAUGCUCUGGUUCUUAGAAUGCCCUUACCCAGGUUAAAACCGUUUCAUCCACCAUCGUUUCGGUUAACACACAAAUGUGCUACAGAGACUGCAUCCGUCAGCUCAUUUUGCUCAAUUUGCUUUCUGUUCUGGAAUCAUCAUUUAGCAUUUUAAAUCUUACCACUGGGGCUUUAACUAACUUUCAGAUAUGGAGCUAUUCUGGUUACAAACUUAUUUUAAUUUGUUUUGGUACACAAUCUCACACAAUCUACAGCUAUAUAUAUAUAUAUAUAUAUAUAUAUAUAUAUAUAUAUAUAUAUAUAUAUAUAUAUAUAUAGAACAACUACAUUCCCUCAACCACCGCAGGUUCAGCAUAAGGAUAAUCAUCCCUAUUAUUUUUCAUUAUCCUUCAUGCACUUUAUUAGAUGAAUGCAGAUACAUUCUGUAACAUGGGUUAUUAAUAUCUGUCAACAAGGGCAUAUGCGUAGUAUUAUAUAAUUACUUGUAUUACUGAGUAGCAUUUGACUUACACAAAAAAGUUCAGGCACAUACAAAAAACACACAUUUUUGGGGCUUAAUGCCAAGUCUAACCUCAGUACCUACAUUUAGAAAUCGCACAUUCCUUGAGUUUACUUUUUAACGUAAAACAGUAAGACAAGAGCAUUCAGCAACUGCAAACCUCAUCAUCACACACCAAGCCCAAACCAAACACCAACUGAGGUACGUAUAGCUCUAUUUUUGCUCUCAUCUAAAGGUGCUUAUACACAUCAGGACAAGCCAUUUAAACCUCUGAAUGGCAAAAAAGGAAUUCAGGCAUCUGUACAAUAAAACAAAACAACUGUAAAAUAACACAACUCUGUACAAGCAAGCCCCUCGUCAACACCUAAUUGUACAAAGGCAUCGAUUUUACAUGUUUGGCAAAGGAUCUUUAAAAGGACAGUUGCUGUUUCCUGUACUAUAGACAUUUUUACUAGGAAUGACUAACUUCUUGUAAACCAUAAAUAAUUGUAAAUUACUGCUUGUGUACAGAAACUCUACUGUACUGUAAGUUAGUUGCUGUAUUCUGUCAGAUUUUUGGAUUAAUAUUAACUACUGUCAACCCUUCGUAGCUGAGCGGGGGUCUGAAGUUGAAAACUUCUUGUAAAUAGCUUGCUGUUUCUGUUUUGUUUUUUUUUUCUUUUCUGGUUGAUCAGAAACGUGAUGGGUUGAAAUCUGUCUGUCAUGCAUUUCUAUUUAGAAUUCAGAUUCAGAAAUCUUACGGUAUGUACAAGUCUUUAAGAUGUAAGCAUGAUAAAGUCAAGCACUGAAAGACUUUUUUCAGAGUCCUUGCACAACUGAUCACUACAGUAUGUUAGUCAGACCUCAUUCUGGGGUUGUAUAUGUAUGCGUAUGUAUGGUCACCGCGUGGAAAGGUCAUGUGUUUUCCACAAUACUUUUUCCCAAAUCAGAUACACUGUCAUGAAACGUUCUCUCUCAUUCUCACUGUCGUUAAUGGUAUCAGAGCUGAGCUUAUGUGAUGAAAGCACAAGCGAGUGAAUGAGCUUUUUACAUGGGACAUUCAGGGAAAUAGUGCUUUCCAGGAUGGAGAGGAUAUUCAUUUAUAAAUAUUCACUUUCAUGUUUGCAAUGAUUUUGUUCUUUAAAUAACUAAAUUUUUUUGUCAUUUACAUAAGUGUUAACCAAGUCUUAAUAUGGACAAGAAACAAAACAAAGCAGAAACUUAGACAAAGUCGAUUGUCCAGUUAAUUGAUAUGUCAUGCCAGCUAAGUGCUGAAGCCAAAAGAUACGUUUCACACACUAUGCAACCAGCUGCAGUUACAAAGGACACAUCCGGCAAAGCAACGUGCACACUUAACCACUAUUCAAGAAAUAAAACAGAUGAUUUGCUUGCUAUAAAAUGGGAACAUGCAACAGUAACUUGACUUUUGUUGUUUAGACAAUGCAUAUUACUUUUCUGUGCUGAUUACAACUUUCUGUUCAAUUCUCAUAGCAUAUUUUAAUUACAAGAUUAAGAUAUCACAUUCCAGUUAUAAGAAUGUGAUAUUUGCGAUUUCUGUUACUCAUUCAUGGAUAUAAAUGAAAGUCAUGAUUAUGCAAGCAAGCGUUUUCCUGCUGGUUCACAUCUUUCUUUUUUGUACAUUGGUUAUUGUAUCUGUUUUAUACUCCAAUGAAAAACACGAAAAAAUAAUAAAAGGCUUUUAUUUUGCA